AUGGCAGCCCACCCGGAAGUGGCGGAUGGCAGCCCACCCGGAAGUGGCGGAUGGCAGCCCACCCGGAAGUGGCGGAUGGCAGCCCACCCGGAAGUGGCGGAUGGCAGCCCACCCGGAAGUGGCGGAUGGCAGCCCACCCGGAAGUGGCGGAUGGCAGCCCACCCGGAAGUGGCGGAUGGCAGCCCACCCGGAAGUGGCGGAUGGCAGCCCACCCGGAAGUGGCGGAUGGCAGCCCACCCGGAAGUGGCGGAUGGCAGCCCACCCGGAAGUGGCGGAUGGCAGCCCACCCGGAAGUGGCGGAUGGCAGCCCACCCGGAAGUGGCGGAUGGCAGCCCACCCGGAAGUGGCGGAUGGCAGCCCACCCGGAAGUGGCGGAUGGCAGCCCACCCGGAAGUGGCGGAUGGCAGCCCACCCGGAAGUGGCGGAUGGCAGCCCACCCGCAAGUGGCGGAUGGCAGCCCACCCGGAAGUGGCGGAUGGCAGCCCACCCGCAAGUGGCGGAUGGCAGCCCACCCGGAAGUGGCGGAUGGCAGCCCACCCGCAAGUGGCGGAUGGCAGCCCACCCGCAAGUGGCGGAUGGCAGCCCACCCGCAAGUGGCGGAUGGCAGCCCACCCGCAAGUGGCGGAUGGCAGCCCACCCGCAAGUGGCGGAUGGCAGCCCACCCGGAAGUGGCGGAUGGCAGCCCACCCGGAAGUGGCGGAUGGCAGCCCACCCGGAAGUGGCGGAUGGCAGCCCACCCGGAAGUGGCGGAUGGCAGCCCACCCGCAAGUGGCGGAUGGCAGCCCACCCGCAAGUGGCGGAUGGCAGCCCACCCGCAAGUGGCGGAUGGCAGCCCACCCGCAAGUGGCGGAUGGCAGCCCACCCGCAAGUGGCGGAUGGCAGCCCACCCGGAAGUGGCGGAUGGCAGCCCACCCGCAAGUGGCGGAUGGCAGCCCACCCGCAAGUGGCGGAUGGCAGCCCACCCGCAAGUGGCGGAUGGCAGCCCACCCGCAAGUGGCGGAUGGCAGCCCACCCGGAAGUGGCGGAUGGCAGCCCACCCGGAAGUGGCGGAUGGCAGCCCACCCGCAAGUGGCGGAUGGCAGCCCACCCGCAAGUGGCGGAUGGCAGCCCACCCGGAAGUGGCGGAUGGCAGCCCACCCGCAAGUGGCGGAUGGCAGCCCACCCGGAAGUGGCGGAUGGCAGCCCACCCGCAAGUGGCGGAUGGCAGCCCACCCGCAAGUGGCGGAUGGCAGCCCACCCGGAAGUGGCGGAUGGCAGCCCACCCGGAAGUGGCGGAUGGCAGCCCACCCGGAAGUGGCGGAUGGCAGCCCACCCGGAAGUGGCGGAUGGCAGCCCACCCGGAAGUGGCGGAUGGCAGCCCACCCGGAAGUGGCGGAUGGCAGCCCACCCGGAAGUGGCGGAUGGCAGCCCACCCGGAAGUGGCGGAUGGCAGCCCACCCGGAAGUGGCGGAUGGCAGCCCACCCGGAAGUGGCGGAUGGCAGCCCACCCGGAAGUGGCGGAUGGCAGCCCACCCGGAAGUGGCGGAUGGCAGCCCACCCGGAAGUGGCGGAUGGCAGCCCACCCGGAAGUGGCGGAUGGCAGCCCACCCGGAAGUGGCGGAUGGCAGCCCACCCGGAAGUGGCGGAUGGCAGCCCACCCGGAAGUGGCGGAUGGCAGCCCACCCGGAAGUGGCGGAUGGCAGCCCACCCGGAAGUGGCGGAUGGCAGCCCACCCGGAAGUGGCGGAUGGCAGCCCACCCGGAAGUGGCGGAUGGCAGCCCACCCGGAAGUGGCGGAUGGCAGCCCACCCGGAAGUGGCGGAUGGCAGCCCACCCGGAAGUGGCGGAUGGCAGCCCACCCGGAAGUGGCGGAUGGCAGCCCACCCGGAAGUGGCGGAUGGCAGCCCACCCGGAAGUGGCGGAUGGCAGCCCACCCGGAAGUGGCGGAUGGCAGCCCACCCGGAAGUGGCGGAUGGCAGCCCACCCGGAAGUGGCGGAUGGCAGCCCACCCGGAAGUGGCGGAUGGCAGCCCACCCGGAAGUGGCGGAUGGCAGCCCACCCGGAAGUGGCGGAUGGCAGCCCACCCGGAAGUGGCGGAUGGCAGCCCACCCGGAAGUGGCGGAUGGCAGCCCACCCGGAAGUGGCGGAUGGCAGCCCACCCGGAAGUGGCGGAUGGCAGCCCACCCGGAAGUGGCGGAUGGCAGCCCACCCGGAAGUGGCGGAUGGCAGCCCACCCGGAAGUGGCGGAUGGCAGCCCACCCGGAAGUGGCGGAUGGCAGCCCACCCGGAAGUGGCGGAUGGCAGCCCACCCGGAAGUGGCGGAUGGCAGCCCACCCGGAAGUGGCGGAUGGCAGCCCACCGGAAGUGGCGGAUGGCAGCCCACCCGGAAGUGGCGGAUGGCAGCCCACCCGGAAGUGGCGGAUGGCAGCCCACCCGGAAGUGGCGGAUGGCAGCCCACCCGGAAGUGGCGGAUGGCAGCCCACCCGGAAGUGGCGGAUGGCAGCCCACCCGGAAGUGGCGGAUGGCAGCCCACCCGGAAGUGGCGGAUGGCAGCCCACCCGGAAGUGGCGGAUGGCAGCCCACCCGGAAGUGGCGGAUGGCAGCCCACCCGGAAGUGGCGGAUGGCAGCCCACCCGGAAGUGGCGGAUGGCAGCCCACCCGGAAGUGGCGGAUGGCAGCCCACCCGGAAGUGGCGGAUGGCAGCCCACCCGGAAGUGGCGGAUGGCAGCCCACCCGGAAGUGGCGGAUGGCAGCCCACCCGGAAGUGGCGGAUGGCAGCCCACCCGGAAGUGGCGGAUGGCAGCCCACCCGGAAGUGGCGGAUGGCAGCCCACCCGGAAGUGGCGGAUGGCAGCCCACCCGGAAGUGGCGGAUGGCAGCCCACCCGCAAGUGGCGGAUGGCAGCCCACCCGCAAGUGGCGGAUGGCAGCCCACCCGCAAGUGGCGGAUGGCAGCCCACCCGGAAGUGGCGGAUGGCAGCCCACCCGCAAGUGGCGGAUGGCAGCCCACCCGCAAGUGGCGGAUGGCAGCCCACCCGCAAGUGGCGGAUGGCAGCCCACCCGCAAGUGGCGGAUGGCAGCCCACCCGCAAGUGGCGGAUGGCAGCCCACCCGGAAGUGGCGGAUGGCAGCCCACCCGCAAGUGGCGGAUGGCAGCCCACCCGGAAGUGGCGGAUGGCAGCCCACCCGCAAGUGGCGGAUGGCAGCCCACCCGCAAGUGGCGGAUGGCAGCCCACCCGCAAGUGGCGGAUGGCAGCCCACCCGGAAGUGGCGGAUGGCAGCCCACCCGCAAGUGGCGGAUGGCAGCCCACCCGGAAGUGGCGGAUGGCAGCCCACCCGGAAGUGGCGGAUGGCAGCCCACCCGGAAGUGGCGGAUGGCAGCCCACCCGGAAGUGGCGGAUGGCAGCCCACCCGGAAGUGGCGGAUGGCAGCCCACCCGGAAGUGGCGGAUGGCAGCCCACCCGGAAGUGGCGGAUGGCAGCCCACCCGGAAGUGGCGGAUGGCAGCCCACCCGGAAGUGGCGGAUGGCAGCCCACCCGGAAGUGGCGGAUGGCAGCCCACCCGGAAGUGGCGGAUGGCAGCCCACCCGGAAGUGGCGGAUGGCAGCCCACCCGGAAGUGGCGGAUGGCAGCCCACCCGGAAGUGGCGGAUGGCAGCCCACCCGGAAGUGGCGGAUGGCAGCCCACCCGGAAGUGGCGGAUGGCAGCCCACCCGGAAGUGGCGGAUGGCAGCCCACCCGGAAGUGGCGGAUGGCAGCCCACCCGGAAGUGGCGGAUGGCAGCCCACCCGGAAGUGGCGGAUGGCAGCCCACCCGGAAGUGGCGGAUGGCAGCCCACCCGGAAGUGGCGGAUGGCAGCCCACCCGGAAGUGGCGGAUGGCAGCCCACCCGGAAGUGGCGGAUGGCAGCCCACCCGCAAGUGGCGGAUGGCAGCCCACCCGGAAGUGGCGGAUGGCAGCCCACCCGGAAGUGGCGGAUGGCAGCCCACCCGGAAGUGGCGGAUGGCAGCCCACCCGGAAGUGGCGGAUGGCAGCCCACCCGGAAGUGGCGGAUGGCAGCCCACCCGGAAGUGGCGGAUGGCAGCCCACCCGGAAGUGGCGGAUGGCAGCCCACCCGGAAGUGGCGGAUGGCAGCCCACCCGGAAGUGGCGGAUGGCAGCCCACCCGGAAGUGGCGGAUGGCAGCCCACCCGGAAGUGGCGGAUGGCAGCCCACCCGGAAGUGGCGGAUGGCAGCCCACCCGGAAGUGGCGGAUGGCAGCCCACCCGGAAGUGGCGGAUGGCAGCCCACCCGGAAGCGGGAGGCAGCCCACUGGGCGGAUGGCAGCCCACCCGGAAGUGGCGGAUGGCAGCCCACCCGGAAGUGGCGGAUGGCAGCCCACCCGGAAGUGGCGGAUGGCAGCCCACCCGGAAGUGGCGGAUGGCAGCCCACCCGGAAGUGGCGGAUGGCAGCCCACCCGGAAGUGGCGGAUGGCAGCCCACCCGGAAGUGGCGGAUGGCAGCCCACCCGGAAGUGGCGGAUGGCAGCCCACCCGGAAGUGGCGGAUGGCAGCCCACCCGGAAGUGGCGGAUGGCAGCCCACCCGCAAGUGGCGGAUGGCAGCCCACCCGGAAGUGGCGGAUGGCAGCCCACCCGCAAGUGGCGGAUGGCAGCCCACCCGCAAGUGGCGGAUGGCAGCCCACCCGCAAGUGGCGGAUGGCAGCCCACCCGCAAGUGGCGGAUGGCAGCCCACCCGCAAGUGGCGGAUGGCAGCCCACCCGCAAGUGGCGGAUGGCAGCCCACCCGGAAGUGGCGGAUGGCAGCCCACCCGCAAGUGGCGGAUGGCAGCCCACCCGGAAGUGGCGGAUGGCAGCCCACCCGCAAGUGGCGGAUGGCAGCCCACCCGCAAGUGGCGGAUGGCAGCCCACCCGCAAGUGGCGGAUGGCAGCCCACCCGGAAGUGGCGGAUGGCAGCCCACCCGCAAGUGGCGGAUGGCAGCCCACCCGGAAGUGGCGGAUGGCAGCCCACCCGGAAGUGGCGGAUGGCAGCCCACCCGGAAGUGGCGGAUGGCAGCCCACCCGGAAGUGGCGGAUGGCAGCCCACCCGGAAGUGGCGGAUGGCAGCCCACCCGGAAGUGGCGGAUGGCAGCCCACCCGGAAGUGGCGGAUGGCAGCCCACCCGGAAGUGGCGGAUGGCAGCCCACCCGGAAGUGGCGGAUGGCAGCCCACCCGGAAGUGGCGGAUGGCAGCCCACCCGCAAGUGGCGGAUGGCAGCCCACCCGGAAGUGGCGGAUGGCAGCCCACCCGGAAGUGGCGGAUGGCAGCCCACCCGGAAGUGGCGGAUGGCAGCCCACCCGGAAGUGGCGGAUGGCAGCCCACCCGCAAGUGGCGGAUGGCAGCCCACCCGGAAGUGGCGGAUGGCAGCCCACCCGGAAGUGGCGGAUGGCAGCCCACCCGGAAGUGGCGGAUGGCAGCCCACCCGGAAGUGGCGGAUGGCAGCCCACCCGGAAGUGGCGGAUGGCAGCCCACCCGGAAGUGGCGGAUGGCAGCCCACCCGGAAGUGGCGGAUGGCAGCCCACCCGGAAGUGGCGGAUGGCAGCCCACCCGGAAGUGGCGGAUGGCAGCCCACCCGCAAGUGGCGGAUGGCAGCCCACCCGCAAGUGGCGGAUGGCAGCCCACCCGCAAGUGGCGGAUGGCAGCCCACCCGGAAGUGGCGGAUGGCAGCCCACCCGGAAGUGGCGGAUGGCAGCCCACCCGCAAGUGGCGGAUGGCAGCCCACCCGGAAGUGGCGGAUGGCAGCCCACCCGGAAGUGGCGGAUGGCAGCCCACCCGGAAGUGGCGGAUGGCAGCCCACCCGGAAGUGGCGGAUGGCAGCCCACCCGGAAGUGGCGGAUGGCAGCCCACCCGCAAGUGGCGGAUGGCAGCCCACCCGCAAGUGGCGGAUGGCAGCCCACCCGCAAGUGGCGGAUGGCAGCCCACCCGCAAGUGGCGGAUGGCAGCCCACCCGCAAGUGGCGGAUGGCAGCCCACCCGCAAGUGGCGGAUGGCAGCCCACCCGCAAGUGGCGGAUGGCAGCCCACCCGCAAGUGGCGGAUGGCAGCCCACCCGCAAGUGGCGGAUGGCAGCCCACCCGCAAGUGGCGGAUGGCAGCCCACCCGCAAGUGGCGGAUGGCAGCCCACCCGCAAGUGGCGGAUGGCAGCCCACCCGCAAGUGGCGGAUGGCAGCCCACCCGCAAGUGGCGGAUGGCAGCCCACCCGCAAGUGGCGGAUGGCAGCCCACCCGCAAGUGGCGGAUGGCAGCCCACCCGCAAGUGGCGGAUGGCAGCCCACCCGCAAGUGGCGGAUGGCAGCCCACCCGCAAGUGGCGGAUGGCAGCCCACCCGCAAGUGGCGGAUGGCAGCCCACCCGGAAGUGGCGGAUGGCAGCCCACCCGGAAGUGGCGGAUGGCAGCCCACCCGCAAGUGGCGGAUGGCAGCCCACCCGCAAGUGGCGGAUGGCAGCCCACCCGGAAGUGGCGGAUGGCAGCCCACCCGGAAGUGGCGGAUGGCAGCCCACCCGGAAGUGGCGGAUGGCAGCCCACCCGCAAGUGGCGGAUGGCAGCCCACCCGGAAGUGGCGGAUGGCAGCCCACCCGGAAGUGGCGGAUGGCAGCCCACCCGGAAGUGGCGGAUGGCAGCCCACCCGCAAGUGGCGGAUGGCAGCCCACCCGGAAGUGGCGGAUGGCAGCCCACCCGCAAGUGGCGGAUGGCAGCCCACCCGCAAGUGGCGGAUGGCAGCCCACCCGGAAGUGGCGGAUGGCAGCCCACCCGGAAGUGGCGGAUGGCAGCCCACCCGGAAGUGGCGGAUGGCAGCCCACCCGCAAGUGGCGGAUGGCAGCCCACCCGCAAGUGGCGGAUGGCAGCCCACCCGGAAGUGGCGGAUGGCAGCCCACCCGCAAGUGGCGGAUGGCAGCCCACCCGCAAGUGGCGGAUGGCAGCCCACCCGCAAGUGGCGGAUGGCAGCCCACCCGGAAGUGGCGGAUGGCAGCCCACCCGCAAGUGGCGGAUGGCAGCCCACCCGCAAGUGGCGGAUGGCAGCCCACCCGGAAGUGGCGGAUGGCAGCCCACCCGCAAGUGGCGGAUGGCAGCCCACCCGGAAGUGGCGGAUGGCAGCCCACCCGGAAGUGGCGGAUGGCAGCCCACCCGGAAGUGGCGGAUGGCAGCCCACCCGCAAGUGGCGGAUGGCAGCCCACCCGCAAGUGGCGGAUGGCAGCCCACCCGGAAGUGGCGGAUGGCAGCCCACCCGGAAGUGGCGGAUGGCAGCCCACCCGCAAGUGGCGGAUGGCAGCCCACCCGGAAGUGGCGGAUGGCAGCCCACCCGGAAGUGGCGGAUGGCAGCCCACCCGCAAGUGGCGGAUGGCAGCCCACCCGCAAGUGGCGGAUGGCAGCCCACCCGGAAGUGGCGGAUGGCAGCCCACCCGGAAGUGGCGGAUGGCAGCCCACCCGGAAGUGGCGGAUGGCAGCCCACCCGGAAGUGGCGGAUGGCAGCCCACCCGGAAGUGGCGGAUGGCAGCCCACCCGGAAGUGGCGGAUGGCAGCCCACCCGGAAGUGGCGGAUGGCAGCCCACCCGGAAGUGGCGGAUGGCAGCCCACCCGGAAGUGGCGGAUGGCAGCCCACCCGGAAGUGGCGGAUGGCAGCCCACCCGGAAGUGGCGGAUGGCAGCCCACCCGGAAGUGGCGGAUGGCAGCCCACCCGGAAGUGGCGGAUGGCAGCCCACCCGGAAGUGGCGGAUGGCAGCCCACCCGGAAGUGGCGGAUGGCAGCCCACCCGGAAGUGGCGGAUGGCAGCCCACCCGGAAGUGGCGGAUGGCAGCCCACCCGCAAGUGGCGGAUGGCAGCCCACCCGCAAGUGGCGGAUGGCAGCCCACCCGCAAGUGGCGGAUGGCAGCCCACCCGCAAGUGGCGGAUGGCAGCCCACCCGCAAGUGGCGGAUGGCAGCCCACCCGCAAGUGGCGGAUGGCAGCCCACCCGCAAGUGGCGGAUGGCAGCCCACCCGCAAGUGGCGGAUGGCAGCCCACCCGCAAGUGGCGGAUGGCAGCCCACCCGCAAGUGGCGGAUGGCAGCCCACCCGCAAGUGGCGGAUGGCAGCCCACCCGCAAGUGGCGGAUGGCAGCCCACCCGCAAGUGGCGGAUGGCAGCCCACCCGCAAGUGGCGGAUGGCAGCCCACCCGCAAGUGGCGGAUGGCAGCCCACCCGCAAGUGGCGGAUGGCAGCCCACCCGCAAGUGGCGGAUGGCAGCCCACCCGCAAGUGGCGGAUGGCAGCCCACCCGCAAGUGGCGGAUGGCAGCCCACCCGCAAGUGGCGGAUGGCAGCCCACCCGCAAGUGGCGGAUGGCAGCCCACCCGCAAGUGGCGGAUGGCAGCCCACCCGCAAGUGGCGGAUGGCAGCCCACCCGCAAGUGGCGGAUGGCAGCCCACCCGCAAGUGGCGGAUGGCAGCCCACCCGCAAGUGGCGGAUGGCAGCCCACCCGCAAGUGGCGGAUGGCAGCCCACCCGCAAGUGGCGGAUGGCAGCCCACCCGCAAGUGGCGGAUGGCAGCCCACCCGCAAGUGGCGGAUGGCAGCCCACCCGCAAGUGGCGGAUGGCAGCCCACCCGCAAGUGGCGGAUGGCAGCCCACCCGCAAGUGGCGGAUGGCAGCCCACCCGCAAGUGGCGGAUGGCAGCCCACCCGCAAGUGGCGGAUGGCAGCCCACCCGCAAGUGGCGGAUGGCAGCCCACCCGCAAGUGGCGGAUGGCAGCCCACCCGGAAGUGGCGGAUGGCAGCCCACCCGCAAGUGGCGGAUGGCAGCCCACCCGCAAGUGGCGGAUGGCAGCCCACCCGGAAGUGGCGGAUGGCAGCCCACCCGCAAGUGGCGGAUGGCAGCCCACCCGCAAGUGGCGGAUGGCAGCCCACCCGCAAGUGGCGGAUGGCAGCCCACCCGCAAGUGGCGGAUGGCAGCCCACCCGGAAGUGGCGGAUGGCAGCCCACCCGCAAGUGGCGGAUGGCAGCCCACCCGGAAGUGGCGGAUGGCAGCCCACCCGAAGUGGCGGAUGGCAGCCCACCCGCAAGUGGCGGAUGGCAGCCCACCCGGAAGUGGCGGAUGGCAGCCCACCCGCAAGUGGCGGAUGGCAGCCCACCCGCAAGUGGCGGAUGGCAGCCCACCCGCAAGUGGCGGAUGGCAGCCCACCCGGAAGUGGCGGAUGGCAGCCCACCCGGAAGUGGCGGAUGGCAGCCCACCCGGAAGUGGCGGAUGGCAGCCCACCCGGAAGUGGCGGAUGGCAGCCCACCCGGAAGUGGCGGAUGGCAGCCCACCCGCAAGUGGCGGAUGGCAGCCCACCCGGAAGUGGCGGAUGGCAGCCCACCCGCAAGUGGCGGAUGGCAGCCCACCCGGAAGUGGCGGAUGGCAGCCCACCCGGAAGUGGCGGAUGGCAGCCCACCCGCAAGUGGCGGAUGGCAGCCCACCCGGAAGUGGCGGAUGGCAGCCCACCCGCAAGUGGCGGAUGGCAGCCCACCCGGAAGUGGCGGAUGGCAGCCCACCCGGAAGUGGCGGAUGGCAGCCCACCCGGAAGUGGCGGAUGGCAGCCCACCCGGAAGUGGCGGAUGGCAGCCCACCCGGAAGUGGCGGAUGGCAGCCCACCCGGAAGUGGCGGAUGGCAGCCCACCCGGAAGUGGCGGAUGGCAGCCCACCCGCAAGUGGCGGAUGGCAGCCCACCCGGAAGUGGCGGAUGGCAGCCCACCCGCAAGUGGCGGAUGGCAGCCCACCCGCAAGUGGCGGAUGGCAGCCCACCCGCAAGUGGCGGAUGGCAGCCCACCCGGAAGUGGCGGAUGGCAGCCCACCCGGCAAGUGGCGGAUGGCAGCCCACCCGCAAGUGGCGGAUGGCAGCCCACCCGCAAGUGGCGGAUGGCAGCCCACCCGGAAGUGGCGGAUGGCAGCCCACCCGCAAGUGGCGGAUGGCAGCCCACCCGCAAGUGGCGGAUGGCAGCCCACCCGCAAGUGGCGGAUGGCAGCCCACCCGCAAGUGGCGGAUGGCAGCCCACCCGGAAGUGGCGGAUGGCAGCCCACCCGCAAGUGGCGGAUGGCAGCCCACCCGGCAAGUGGCGGAUGGCAGCCCACCCGCAAGUGGCGGAUGGCAGCCCACCCGCAAGUGGCGGAUGGCAGCCCACCCGGAAGUGGCGGAUGGCAGCCCACCCGCAAGUGGCGGAUGGCAGCCCACCCGCAAGUGGCGGAUGGCAGCCCACCCGCAAGUGGCGGAUGGCAGCCCACCGCAAGUGGCAGCCCACCCGCAAGUGGCGGAUGGCAGCCCACCCGCAAGUGGCGGAUGGCAGCCCACCCGCAAGUGGCGGAUGGCAGCCCACCCGCAAGUGGCGGAUGGCAGCCCACCCGGCAAGUGGCGGAUGGCAGCCCACCCGGCAAGUGGCGGAUGGCAGCCCACCCGCAAGUGGCGGAUGGCAGCCCACCCGCAAGUGGCGGAUGGCAGCCCACCCGCAAGUGGCGGAUGGCAGCCCACCCGCAAGUGGCGGAUGGCAGCCCACCCGCAAGUGGCGGAUGGCAGCCCACCCGCAAGUGGCGGAUGGCAGCCCACCCGCAAGUGGCGGAUGGCAGCCCACCCGCAAGUGGCGGAUGGCAGCCCACCCGCAAGUGGCGGAUGGCAGCCCACCCGCAAGUGGCGGAUGGCAGCCCACCCGCAAGUGGCGGAUGGCAGCCCACCCGCAAGUGGCGGAUGGCAGCCCACCCGCAAGUGGCGGAUGGCAGCCCACCCGCAAGUGGCGGAUGGCAGCCCACCCGCAAGUGGCGGAUGGCAGCCCACCCGCAAGUGGCGGAUGGCAGCCCACCCGCAAGUGGCGGAUGGCAGCCCACCCGCAAGUGGCGGAUGGCAGCCCACCCGCAAGUGGCGGAUGGCAGCCCACCCGCAAGUGGCGGAUGGCAGCCCACCCGCAAGUGGCGGAUGGCAGCCCACCCGCAAGUGGCGGAUGGCAGCCCACCCGCAAGUGGCGGAUGGCAGCCCACCCGCAAGUGGCGGAUGGCAGCCCACCCGCAAGUGGCGGAUGGCAGCCCACCCGCAAGUGGCGGAUGGCAGCCCACCCGCAAGUGGCGGAUGGCAGCCCACCCGCAAGUGGCGGAUGGCAGCCCACCCGCAAGUGGCGGAUGGCAGCCCACCCGCAAGUGGCGGAUGGCAGCCCACCCGCAAGUGGCGGAUGGCAGCCCACCCGCAAGUGGCGGAUGGCAGCCCACCCGCAAGUGGCGGAUGGCAGCCCACCCGCAAGUGGCGGAUGGCAGCCCACCCGCAAGUGGCGGAUGGCAGCCCACCCGCAAGUGGCGGAUGGCAGCCCACCCGCAAGUGGCGGAUGGCAGCCCACCCGCAAGUGGCGGAUGGCAGCCCACCCGGCAAGUGGCGGAUGGCAGCCCACCCGCAAGUGGCGGAUGGCAGCCCACCCGCAAGUGGCGGAUGGCAGCCCACCCGCAAGUGGCGGAUGGCAGCCCACCCGCAAGUGGCGGAUGGCAGCCCACCCGGAAGUGGCGGAUGGCAGCCCACCCGCAAGUGGCGGAUGGCAGCCCACCCGCAAGUGGCGGAUGGCAGCCCACCCGGAAGUGGCGGAUGGCAGCCCACCCGCAAGUGGCGGAUGGCAGCCCACCCGCAAGUGGCGGAUGGCAGCCCACCCGCAAGUGGCGGAUGGCAGCCCACCCGCAAGUGGCGGAUGGCAGCCCACCCGCAAGUGGCGGAUGGCAGCCCACCCGCAAGUGGCGGAUGGCAGCCCACCCGCAAGUGGCGGAUGGCAGCCCACCCGGAAGUGGCGGAUGGCAGCCCACCCGCAAGUGGCGGAUGGCAGCCCACCCGCAAGUGGCGGAUGGCAGCCCACCCGCAAGUGGCGGAUGGCAGCCCACCCGCAAGUGGCGGAUGGCAGCCCACCCGGAAGUGGCGGAUGGCAGCCCACCCGGAAGUGGCGGAUGGCAGCCCACCCGGCAAGUGGCGGAUGGCAGCCCACCCGGCAAGUGGCGGAUGGCAGCCCACCCGGCAAGUGGCGGAUGGCAGCCCACCCGCAAGUGGCGGAUGGCAGCCCACCCGGCAAGUGGCGGAUGGCAGCCCACCCGCAAGUGGCGGAUGGCAGCCCACCCGCAAGUGGCGGAUGGCAGCCCACCCGGCAAGUGGCGGAUGGCAGCCCACCCGCAAGUGGCGGAUGGCAGCCCACCCGCAAGUGGCGGAUGGCAGCCCACCCGGAAGUGGCGGAUGGCAGCCCACCCGCAAGUGGCGGAUGGCAGCCCACCCGCAAGUGGCGGAUGGCAGCCCACCCGCAAGUGGCGGAUGGCAGCCCACCCGCAAGUGGCGGAUGGCAGCCCACCCGGCAAGUGGCGGAUGGCAGCCCACCCGCAAGUGGCGGAUGGCAGCCCACCCGCAAGUGGCGGAUGGCAGCCCACCCGAAGUGGCGGAUGGCAGCCCACCCGGAAGUGGCGGAUGGCAGCCCACCCGCAAGUGGCGGAUGGCAGCCCACCCGCAAGUGGCGGAUGGCAGCCCACCCGCAAGUGGCGGAUGGCAGCCCACCCGCAAGUGGCGGAUGGCAGCCCACCCGCAAGUGGCGGAUGGCAGCCCACCCGCAACCCACCCGCAAGUGGCGGAUGGCAGCCCACCGGAAGUGGCGGAUGGCAGCCCACCCGCAAGUGGCGGAUGGCAGCCCACCCGCAAGUGGCGGAUGGCAGCCCACCCGCAAGUGGCGGAUGGCAGCCCACCCGCAAGUGGCGGAUGGCAGCCCACCCGCAAGUGGCGGAUGGCAGCCCACCCGCAAGUGGCGGAUGGCAGCCCACCCGCAAGUGGCGGAUGGCAGCCCACCCGCAAGUGGCGGAUGGCAGCCCACCCGCAAGUGGCGGAUGGCAGCCCACCCGCAAGUGGCGGAUGGCAGCCCACCCGCAAGUGGCGGAUGGCAGCCCACCCGCAAGUGGCGGAUGGCAGCCCACCCGCAAGUGGCGGAUGGCAGCCCACCCGCAAGUGGCGGAUGGCAGCCCACCCGCAAGUGGCGGAUGGCAGCCCACCCGCAAGUGGCGGAUGGCAGCCCACCCGCAAGUGGCGGAUGGCAGCCCACCCGCAAGUGGCGGAUGGCAGCCCACCCGCAAGUGGCGGAUGGCAGCCCCACCCGCAAGUGGCGGAUGGCAGCCCACCCGCAAGUGGCGGAUGGCAGCCCACCCGCAAGUGGCGGAUGGCAGCCCACCCGCAAGUGGCGGAUGGCAGCCCACCCGCAAGUGGCGGAUGGCAGCCCACCCGCAAGUGGCGGAUGGCAGCCCACCCGCAAGUGGCGGAUGGCAGCCCACCCGCAAGUGGCGGAUGGCAGCCCACCCGCAAGUGGCGGAUGGCAGCCCACCCGCAAGUGGCGGAUGGCAGCCCACCCGCAAGUGGCGGAUGGCAGCCCACCCGCAAGUGGCGGAUGGCAGCCCACCCGCAAGUGGCGGAUGGCAGCCCACCCGCAAGUGGCGGAUGGCAGCCCACCCGCAAGUGGCGGAUGGCAGCCCACCCGCAAGUGGCGGAUGGCAGCCCACCCGCAAGUGGCGGAUGGCAGCCCACCCGCAAGUGGCGGAUGGCAGCCCACCCGCAAGUGGCGGAUGGCAGCCCACCCGCAAGUGGCGGAUGGCAGCCCACCCGCAAGUGGCGGAUGGCAGCCCACCCGCAAGUGGCGGAUGGCAGCCCACCCGCAAGUGGCGGAUGGCAGCCCACCCGCAAGUGGCGGAUGGCAGCCCACCCGCAAGUGGCGGAUGGCAGCCCACCCGCAAGUGGCGGAUGGCAGCCCACCCGCAAGUGGCGGAUGGCAGCCCACCCGCAAGUGGCGGAUGGCAGCCCACCCGCAAGUGGCGGAUGGCAGCCCACCCGCAAGUGGCGGAUGGCAGCCCACCCGCAAGUGGCGGAUGGCAGCCCACCCGCAAGUGGCGGAUGGCAGCCCACCCGCAAGUGGCGGAUGGCAGCCCACCCGCAAGUGGCGGAUGGCAGCCCACCCGCAAGUGGCGGAUGGCAGCCCACCCGCAAGUGGCGGAUGGCAGCCCACCCGCAAGUGGCGGAUGGCAGCCCACCCGCAAGUGGCGGAUGGCAGCCCACCCGCAAGUGGCGGAUGGCAGCCCACCCGCAAGUGGCGGAUGGCAGCCCACCCGCAAGUGGCGGAUGGCAGCCCACCCGCAAGUGGCGGAUGGCAGCCCACCCGCAAGUGGCGGAUGGCAGCCCACCCGCAAGUGGCGGAUGGCAGCCCACCCGCAAGUGGCGGAUGGCAGCCCACCCGCAAGUGGCGGAUGGCAGCCCACCCGCAAGUGGCGGAUGGCAGCCCACCCGCAAGUGGCGGAUGGCAGCCCACCCGCAAGUGGCGGAUGGCAGCCCACCCGCAAGUGGCGGAUGGCAGCCCACCCGCAAGUGGCGGAUGGCAGCCCACCCGCAAGUGGCGGAUGGCAGCCCACCCGCAAGUGGCGGAUGGCAGCCCACCCGCAAGUGGCGGAUGGCAGCCCACCCGCAAGUGGCGGAUGGCAGCCCACCCGCAAGUGGCGGAUGGCAGCCCACCCGCAAGUGGCGGAUGGCAGCCCACCCGCAAGUGGCGGAUGGCAGCCCACCCGCAAGUGGCGGAUGGCAGCCCACCCGCAAGUGGCGGAUGGCAGCCCACCCGCAAGUGGCGGAUGGCAGCCCACCCGCAAGUGGCGGAUGGCAGCCCACCCGCAAGUGGCGGAUGGCAGCCCACCCGCAAGUGGCGGAUGGCAGCCCACCCGCAAGUGGCGGAUGGCAGCCCACCCGCAAGUGGCGGAUGGCAGCCCACCCGCAAGUGGCGGAUGGCAGCCCACCCGCAAGUGGCGGAUGGCAGCCCACCCGCAAGUGGCGGAUGGCAGCCCACCCGCAAGUGGCGGAUGGCAGCCCACCCGCAAGUGGCGGAUGGCAGCCCACCCGCAAGUGGCGGAUGGCAGCCCACCCGCAAGUGGCGGAUGGCAGCCCACCCGCAAGUGGCGGAUGGCAGCCCACCCGCAAGUGGCGGAUGGCAGCCCACCCGCAAGUGGCGGAUGGCAGCCCACCCGCAAGUGGCGGAUGGCAGCCCACCCGCAAGUGGCGGAUGGCAGCCCACCCGCAAGUGGCGGAUGGCAGCCCACCCGCAAGUGGCGGAUGGCAGCCCACCCGCAAGUGGCGGAUGGCAGCCCACCCGCAAGUGGCGGAUGGCAGCCCACCCGCAAGUGGCGGAUGGCAGCCCACCCGCAAGUGGCGGAUGGCAGCCCACCCGCAAGUGGCGGAUGGCAGCCCACCCGCAAGUGGCGGAUGGCAGCCCACCCGCAAGUGGCGGAUGGCAGCCCACCCGCAAGUGGCGGAUGGCAGCCCACCCGCAAGUGGCGGAUGGCAGCCCACCCGCAAGUGGCGGAUGGCAGCCCACCCGCAAGUGGCGGAUGGCAGCCCACCCGCAAGUGGCGGAUGGCAGCCCACCCGCAAGUGGCGGAUGGCAGCCCACCCGCAAGUGGCGGAUGGCAGCCCACCCGCAAGUGGCGGAUGGCAGCCCACCCGCAAGUGGCGGAUGGCAGCCCACCCGCAAGUGGCGGAUGGCAGCCCACCCGCAAGUGGCGGAUGGCAGCCCACCCGCAAGUGGCGGAUGGCAGCCCACCCGCAAGUGGCGGAUGGCAGCCCACCCGCAAGUGGCGGAUGGCAGCCCACCCGCAAGUGGCGGAUGGCAGCCCACCCGCAAGUGGCGGAUGGCAGCCCACCCGCAAGUGGCGGAUGGCAGCCCACCCGCAAGUGGCGGAUGGCAGCCCACCCGCAAGUGGCGGAUGGCAGCCCACCCGCAAGUGGCGGAUGGCAGCCCACCCGCAAGUGGCGGAUGGCAGCCCACCCGCAAGUGGCGGAUGGCAGCCCACCCGCAAGUGGCGGAUGGCAGCCCACCCGCAAGUGGCGGAUGGCAGCCCACCCGCAAGUGGCGGAUGGCAGCCCACCCGCAAGUGGCGGAUGGCAGCCCACCCGCAAGUGGCGGAUGGCAGCCCACCCGCAAGUGGCGGAUGGCAGCCCACCCGCAAGUGGCGGAUGGCAGCCCACCCGCAAGUGGCGGAUGGCAGCCCACCCGCAAGUGGCGGAUGGCAGCCCACCCGCAAGUGGCGGAUGGCAGCCCACCCGCAAGUGGCGGAUGGCAGCCCACCCGCAAGUGGCGGAUGGCAGCCCACCCGCAAGUGGCGGAUGGCAGCCCACCCGCAAGUGGCGGAUGGCAGCCCACCCGCAAGUGGCGGAUGGCAGCCCACCCGCAAGUGGCGGAUGGCAGCCCACCCGCAAGUGGCGGAUGGCAGCCCACCCGCAAGUGGCGGAUGGCAGCCCACCCGCAAGUGGCGGAUGGCAGCCCACCCGCAAGUGGCGGAUGGCAGCCCACCCGCAAGUGGCGGAUGGCAGCCCACCCGCAAGUGGCGGAUGGCAGCCCACCCGCAAGUGGCGGAUGGCAGCCCACCCGCAAGUGGCGGAUGGCAGCCCACCCGCAAGUGGCGGAUGGCAGCCCACCCGCAAGUGGCGGAUGGCAGCCCACCCGCAAGUGGCGGAUGGCAGCCCACCCGCAAGUGGCGGAUGGCAGCCCACCCGCAAGUGGCGGAUGGCAGCCCACCCGCAAGUGGCGGAUGGCAGCCCACCCGCAAGUGGCGGAUGGCAGCCCACCCGCAAGUGGCGGAUGGCAGCCCACCCGCAAGUGGCGGAUGGCAGCCCACCCGCAAGUGGCGGAUGGCAGCCCACCCGCAAGUGGCGGAUGGCAGCCCACCCGCAAGUGGCGGAUGGCAGCCCACCCGCAAGUGGCGGAUGGCAGCCCACCCGCAAGUGGCGGAUGGCAGCCCACCCGCAAGUGGCGGAUGGCAGCCCACCCGCAAGUGGCGGAUGGCAGCCCACCCGCAAGUGGCGGAUGGCAGCCCACCCGCAAGUGGCGGAUGGCAGCCCACCCGCAAGUGGCGGAUGGCAGCCCACCCGCAAGUGGCGGAUGGAGCCCCAAGUGGCGGAUGGCAGCCCACCCGCAAGUGGCGGAUGGCAGCCCACCCGCAAGUGGCGGAUGGCAGCCCACCCGCAAGUGGCGGAUGGCAGCCCACCCGCAAGUGGCGGAUGGCAGCCCACCCGCAAGUGGCGGAUGGCAGCCCACCCGCAAGUGGCGGAUGGCAGCCCACCCGCAAGUGGCGGAUGGCAGCCCACCCGCAAGUGGCGGAUGGCAGCCCACCCGCAAGUGGCGGAUGGCAGCCCACCCGCAAGUGGCGGAUGGCAGCCCACCCGCAAGUGGCGGAUGGCAGCCCACCCGCAAGUGGCGGAUGGCAGCCCACCCGCAAGUGGCGGAUGGCAGCCCACCCGCAAGUGGCGGAUGGCAGCCCACCCGCAAGUGGCGGAUGGCAGCCCACCCGCAAGUGGCGGAUGGCAGCCCACCCGCAAGUGGCGGAUGGCAGCCCACCCGCAAGUGGCGGAUGGCAGCCCACCCGCAAGUGGCGGAUGGCAGCCCACCCGCAAGUGGCCGGAUGGCAGCCCACCCGCAAGUGGCGGAUGGCAGCCCACCCGCAAGUGGCGGAUGGCAGCCCACCCGCAAGUGGCGGAUGGCAGCCCACCCGCAAGUGGCGGAUGGCAGCCCACCCGCAAGUGGCGGAUGGCAGCCCACCCGCAAGUGGCGGAUGGCAGCCCACCCGCAAGUGGCGGAUGGCAGCCCACCCGCAAGUGGCGGAUGGCAGCCCACCCGCAAGUGGCGGAUGGCAGCCCACCCGCAAGUGGCGGAUGGCAGCCCACCCGCAAGUGGCGGAUGGCAGCCCACCCGCAAGUGGCGGAUGGCAGCCCACCCGCAAGUGGCGGAUGGCAGCCCACCCGCAAGUGGCGGAUGGCAGCCCACCCGCAAGUGGCGGAUGGCAGCCCACCCGCAAGUGGCGGAUGGCAGCCCACCCGCAAGUGGCGGAUGGCAGCCCACCCGCAAGUGGCGGAUGGCAGCCCACCCGCAAGUGGCGGAUGGCAGCCCACCCGCAAGUGGCGGAUGGCAGCCCACCCGCAAGUGGCGGAUGGCAGCCCACCCGCAAGUGGCGGAUGGCAGCCCACCCGCAAGUGGCGGAUGGCAGCCCACCCGCAAGUGGCGGAUGGCAGCCCACCCGCAAGUGGCGGAUGGCAGCCCACCCGCAAGUGGCGGAUGGCAGCCCACCCGCAAGUGGCGGAUGGCAGCCCACCCGCAAGUGGCGGAUGGCAGCCCACCCGCAAGUGGCGGAUGGCAGCCCACCCGCAAGUGGCGGAUGGCAGCCCACCCGCAAGUGGCGGAUGGCAGCCCACCCGCAAGUGGCGGAUGGCAGCCCACCCGCAAGUGGCGGAUGGCAGCCCACCCGCAAGUGGCGGAUGGCAGCCCACCCGCAAGUGGCGGAUGGCAGCCCACCCGCAAGUGGCGGAUGGCAGCCCACCCGCAAGUGGCGGAUGGCAGCCCACCCGCAAGUGGCGGAUGGCAGCCCACCCGCAAGUGGCGGAUGGCAGCCCACCCGCAAGUGGCGGAUGGCAGCCCACCCGCAAGUGGCGGAUGGCAGCCCACCCGCAAGUGGCGGAUGGCAGCCCACCCGCAAGUGGCGGAUGGCAGCCCACCCGCAAGUGGCGGAUGGCAGCCCACCCGCAAGUGGCGGAUGGCAGCCCACCCGCAAGUGGCGGAUGGCAGCCCACCCGCAAGUGGCGGAUGGCAGCCCACCCGCAAGUGGCGGAUGGCAGCCCACCCGCAAGUGGCGGAUGGCAGCCCACCCGCAAGUGGCGGAUGGCAGCCCACCCGCAAGUGGCGGAUGGCAGCCCACCCGCAAGUGGCGGAUGGCAGCCCACCCGCAAGUGGCGGAUGGCAGCCCACCCGCAAGUGGCGGAUGGCAGCCCACCCGCAAGUGGCGGAUGGCAGCCCACCCGCAAGUGGCGGAUGGCAGCCCACCCGCAAGUGGCGGAUGGCAGCCCACCCGCAAGUGGCGGAUGGCAGCCCACCCGCAAGUGGCGGAUGGCAGCCCACCCGCAAGUGGCGGAUGGCAGCCCACCCGCAAGUGGCGGAUGGCAGCCCACCCGCAAGUGGCGGAUGGCAGCCCACCCGCAAGUGGCGGAUGGCAGCCCACCCGCAAGUGGCGGAUGGCAGCCCACCCGCAAGUGGCGGAUGGCAGCCCACCCGCAAGUGGCGGAUGGCAGCCCACCCGCAAGUGGCGGAUGGCAGCCCACCCGCAAGUGGCGGAUGGCAGCCCACCCGCAAGUGGCGGAUGGCAGCCCACCCGCAAGUGGCGGAUGGCAGCCCACCCGCAAGUGGCGGAUGGCAGCCCACCCGCAGUGCGGAUGGCAGCCCACCCGCAAGUGGCGGAUGGCAGCCCACCCGCAAGUGGCGGAUGGCAGCCCACCCGCAAGUGGCGGAUGGCAGCCCACCCGCAAGUGGCGGAUGGCAGCCCACCCGCAAGUGGCGGAUGGCAGCCCACCCGCAAGUGGCGGAUGGCAGCCCACCCGCAAGUGGCGGAUGGCAGCCCACCCGCAAGUGGCGGAUGGCAGCCCACCCGCAAGUGGCGGAUGGCAGCCCACCCGCAAGUGGCGGAUGGCAGCCCACCCGCAAGUGGCGGAUGGCAGCCCACCCGCAAGUGGCGGAUGGCAGCCCACCCGCAAGUGGCGGAUGGCAGCCCACCCGCAAGUGGCGGAUGGCAGCCCACCCGCAAGUGGCGGAUGGCAGCCCACCCGCAAGUGGCGGAUGGCAGCCCACCCGCAAGUGGCGGAUGGCAGCCCACCCGCAAGUGGCGGAUGGCAGCCCACCCGCAAGUGGCGGAUGGCAGCCCACCCGCAAGUGGCGGAUGGCAGCCCACCCGCAAGUGGCGGAUGGCAGCCCACCCGCAAGUGGCGGAUGGCAGCCCACCCGCAAGUGGCGGAUGGCAGCCCACCCGCAAGUGGCGGAUGGCAGCCCACCCGCAAGUGGCGGAUGGCAGCCCACCCGCAAGUGGCGGAUGGCAGCCCACCCGCAAGUGGCGGAUGGCAGCCCACCCGCAAGUGGCGGAUGGCAGCCCACCCGCAAGUGGCGGAUGGCAGCCCACCCGCAAGUGGCGGAUGGCAGCCCACCCGCAAGUGGCGGAUGGCAGCCCACCCGCAAGUGGCGGAUGGCAGCCCACCCGCAAGUGGCGGAUGGCAGCCCACCCGCAAGUGGCGGAUGGCAGCCCACCCGCAAGUGGCGGAUGGCAGCCCACCCGCAAGUGGCGGAUGGCAGCCCACCCGCAAGUGGCGGAUGGCAGCCCACCCGCAAGUGGCGGAUGGCAGCCCACCCGCAAGUGGCGGAUGGCAGCCCACCCGCAAGUGGCGGAUGGCAGCCCACCCGCAAGUGGCGGAUGGCAGCCCACCCGCAAGUGGCGGAUGGCAGCCCACCCGCAAGUGGCGGAUGGCAGCCCACCCGCAAGUGGCGGAUGGCAGCCCACCCGCAAGUGGCGGAUGGCAGCCCACCCGCAAGUGGCGGAUGGCAGCCCACCCGCAAGUGGCGGAUGGCAGCCCACCCGCAAGUGGCGGAUGGCAGCCCACCCGCAAGUGGCGGAUGGCAGCCCACCCGCAAGUGGCGGAUGGCAGCCCACCCGCAAGUGGCGGAUGGCAGCCCACCCGCAAGUGGCGGAUGGCAGCCCACCCGCAAGUGGCGGAUGGCAGCCCACCCGCAAGUGGCGGAUGGCAGCCCACCCGCAAGUGGCGGAUGGCAGCCCACCCGCAAGUGGCGGAUGGCAGCCCACCCGCAAGUGGCGGAUGGCAGCCCACCCGCAAGUGGCGGAUGGCAGCCCACCCGCAAGUGGCGGAUGGCAGCCCACCCGCAAGUGGCGGAUGGCAGCCCACCCGCAAGUGGCGGAUGGCAGCCCACCCGCAAGUGGCGGAUGGCAGCCCACCCGCAAGUGGCGGAUGGCAGCCCACCCGCAAGUGGCGGAUGGCAGCCCACCCGCAAGUGGCGGAUGGCAGCCCACCCGCAAGUGGCGGAUGGCAGCCCACCCGCAAGUGGCGGAUGGCAGCCCACCCGCAAGUGGCGGAUGGCAGCCCACCCGCAAGUGGCGGAUGGCAGCCCACCCGCAAGUGGCGGAUGGCAGCCCACCCGCAAGUGGCGGAUGGCAGCCCACCCGCAAGUGGCGGAUGGCAGCCCACCCGCAAGUGGCGGAUGGCAGCCCACCCGCAAGUGGCGGAUGGCAGCCCACCCGCAAGUGGCGGAUGGCAGCCCCACCCGCAAGUGGCGGAUGGCAGCCCACCCGCAAGUGGCGGAUGGCAGCCCACCCGCAAGUGGGGGCCCACCCGACAAGUGGCGGAUGGCAGCCCACCCGCAAGUGGCGGAUGGCAGCCCACCCGCAAGUGGCGGAUGGCAGCCCACCCGCAAGUGGCGGAUGGCAGCCCACCCGCAAGUGGCGGAUGGCAGCCCACCCGCAAGUGGCGGAUGGCAGCCCACCCGCAAGUGGCGGAUGGCAGCCCACCCGCAAGUGGCGGAUGGCAGCCCACCCGCAAGUGGCGGAUGGCAGCCCACCCGCAAGUGGCGGAUGGCAGCCCACCCGCAAGUGGCGGAUGGCAGCCCACCCGCAAGUGGCGGAUGGCAGCCCACCCGCAAGUGGCGGAUGGCAGCCCACCCGCAAGUGGCGGAUGGCAGCCCACCCGCAAGUGGCGGAUGGCAGCCCACCCGCAAGUGGCGGAUGGCAGCCCACCCGCAAGUGGCGGAUGGCAGCCCACCCGCAAGUGGCGGAUGGCAGCCCACCCGCAAGUGGCGGAUGGCAGCCCACCCGCAAGUGGCGGAUGGCAGCCCACCCGCAAGUGGCGGAUGGCAGCCCACCCGCAAGUGGCGGAUGGCAGCCCACCCGCAAGUGGCGGAUGGCAGCCCACCCGCAAGUGGCGGAUGGCAGCCCACCCGCAAGUGGCGGAUGGCAGCCCACCCGCAAGUGGCGGAUGGCAGCCCACCCGCAAGUGGCGGAUGGCAGCCCACCCGCAAGUGGCGGAUGGCAGCCCACCCGCAAGUGGCGGAUGGCAGCCCACCCGCAAGUGGCGGAUGGCAGCCCACCCGCAAGUGGCGGAUGGCAGCCCACCCGCAAGUGGCGGAUGGCAGCCCACCCGCAAGUGGCGGAUGGCAGCCCACCCGCAAGUGGCGGAUGGCAGCCCACCCGCAAGUGGCGGAUGGCAGCCCACCCGCAAGUGGCGGAUGGCAGCCCACCCGCAAGUGGCGGAUGGCAGCCCACCCGCAAGUGGCGGAUGGCAGCCCACCCGCAAGUGGCGGAUGGCAGCCCACCCGCAAGUGGCGGAUGGCAGCCCACCCGCAAGUGGCGGAUGGCAGCCCACCCGCAAGUGGCGGAUGGCAGCCCACCCGCAAGUGGCGGAUGGCAGCCCACCCGCAAGUGGCGGAUGGCAGCCCACCCGCAAGUGGCGGAUGGCAGCCCACCCGCAAGUGGCGGAUGGCAGCCCACCCGCAAGUGGCGGAUGGCAGCCCACCCGCAAGUGGCGGAUGGCAGCCCACCCGCAAGUGGCGGAUGGCAGCCCACCCGCAAGUGGCGGAUGGCAGCCCACCCGCAAGUGGCGGAUGGCAGCCCACCCGCAAGUGGCGGAUGGCAGCCCACCCGCAAGUGGCGGAUGGCAGCCCACCCGCAAGUGGCGGAUGGCAGCCCACCCGCAAGUGGCGGAUGGCAGCCCACCCGCAAGUGGCGGAUGGCAGCCCACCCGCAAGUGGCGGAUGGCAGCCCACCCGCAAGUGGCGGAUGGCAGCCCACCCGCAAGUGGCGGAUGGCAGCCCACCCGCAAGUGGCGGAUGGCAGCCCACCCGCAAGUGGCGGAUGGCAGCCCACCCGCAAGUGGCGGAUGGCAGCCCACCCGCAAGUGGCGGAUGGCAGCCCACCCGCAAGUGGCGGAUGGCAGCCCACCCGCAAGUGGCGGAUGGCAGCCCACCCGCAAGUGGCGGAUGGCAGCCCACCCGCAAGUGGCGGAUGGCAGCCCACCCGCAAGUGGCGGAUGGCAGCCCACCCGCAAGUGGCGGAUGGCAGCCCACCCGCAAGUGGCGGAUGGCAGCCCACGGAGCGGAAGGUGGGGAUGA